AUGGGGACCACAUCCCGAAGACAACAGCCCACAACAAGGGAAAAGGGCCCAGAUGAACUUCCUGCAUAUCGACAGAGUGUCGAUGAAGCCGCCAGCGGAUCAGAAAAGAUCAGUACUGACCACACGCAUCGCAAUCUGAAGCCUCGACAUAUCCAAUUGAUAGGAAUCGGGGGGACUAUCGGCACCGCUCUCUUCGUCCAGAUUGGGAAAGGCGGUGCCUUUGGUUACUUCGUUGAAGAAGCAUCCUCUUCGUUGCUUGUUAUCAUCUUGUGUACCUUCAUCCUGGCCAUUACAAUGUGCACGGCUGAAAUGGUAACAUAUUUACCUAUAUCUUCACCCUUCGUCAGAUUCGCUGGUCGUUUUGUUGACGAGGCUUUCGGAGUCGCCGUUGGAUGGAACUUCUUCAUCUUCGAGGCUGCUCUGGUUCCGUUUGAGAUCGUGGCUUGCAAUUUUAUCAUUCAUUAUUGGAGUGAUGCCGUGCCGGCAGCAGUCAUUAUUACUAUCAUUAUCAUUCUAUACGGAGCAUUCAACAUAUUCACAGUCCAAUGGUAUGGCGAGUCGGAAUUUUGGCUCUCACUGGGCAAAGUCAUACUCAUUGUCGGUGUGUUGUGCUACACGUUCGUCACCAUGCUGGGCGGAAACCCCAUAGGCGAUCGAUAUGGGUUUCGGUAUUGGAAGGAUCCUGGAGCCUUCACUACAACUUACAAGCCAGGCAGCCUUGGUUUAUGGCUAGGUUUCCUUCAGUGCCUGAUACAAGCAAGUUUUACUAUUGCUGGGCCAGACUAUGUUUCCAUGGCGGCUGGCGAGGCAGAAAACCCUAGAGCAACGAUGCCGAAAGCCUACAAGGCUGUGUUCUACAGAUUGACAGCGUUCUUCAUGCUUGGAAGCCUGGCCGUUGGUAUUAAUGUGCCAUACAACGACAAGACCAUGCAAGAUGCCUUCUCAAAGGACCUCCCAGGUGCCACUGCAUCUCCAUAUGUUAUCUCUAUGCGCAGACUUCAGAUCCGCGUACUUCCUGACAUUGUCAAUGCCAUGGUCCUCUCGGCUGCUUUCAGUGCCGGGAAUAGUUACGUCUACUGUGCUAGCAGAUGCCUUUAUGGCCUAGCUCUCGAGGGGAAAGCGCCUCGCAUCUUCACCCGCUGCGCAAAGAACGGAGUGCCCAUCUACUGUGUGGGCGUUGUAUUGCUCAUUGCGCUACUGAGCUUCUUGCAAGUCUCGAACAAUGCCUCUGUCGUCCUGCAGUGGUUUGUCAACCUCGUUACAGCAUCGCAGCUGCUUAACUUCUCGGCGAUAACAUUCACGUAUAUCAGAUUCUACAAGGCGCUGAAAGCUCAGGGUAUAUCGAGGGACUCGCUACCGUUCAAGGGUCGGUUCCAGCCUUACCUGGCAUAUUAUGCCUUUAUUGGACCGUUUACCAUGGUCUUUGUGGGCGGUUACCAGGUCUUUCUGCCAGGGAAAUGGAAUAUACCGACUUUCCUCUUCUCUUAUACGAUGAUUGCAGUUUGUCCAUUGAUAUUUCUGGGAUGGAAGUGGUUCAAGCGCACCAAGUUUUUGAAGCCUGAAGAGGUAGAUUUGAUUGAUGGAGUGGAGGAAAUCGAGGUAUACACUCGGAAUUAUGUACCAAUGCCUCCAAGGAACCUGUUUGAGAAAAUUUUGAACUUCAUAUUUUAA